AUCCAAAGAAAAAAGAUAGACUAGAAAAAUUUCAAAAAAUCAUAGACUAGACAUUUCUCUAUGUGAAAAAUUAUUUACAAUAUCACACAAAAGUCUCGCACCAACCCUAAUUACAAAGAAACAAUCUCUCAAAGCAUUUACAUCAUUCACACCCUCUUCCCCACUCUUAACUAGAGAAUACAAAAAGUGAAUUUAACUACAUUUAACACAAUAAAAAACGGUUUAUAAUUGAGACAAUUUGAGAUCAAAGACAUAAAUUGUUUUUAUAGUACUUAAAACCUAUCAUUUUUGAACUUUUUCAAUGUGAAAUCAAUACACUUCUAAUUUUUUUUCAAAACUCGACCAACGUGACUCAAUAAUUAUAAAUAAUGAUGAUGUUUUGUCAUCAAACUUAUAAAUUUUUAUUUAGGCAUCUUCAUCUUUCUUGUGGAAUUCUCAACAUGUCCCUCAAAAAAUGGUAAUUAUUUGGGUACAUAAUUUUUUGGAUUGGAUCUCAAAUUUUAUUGAAAAUACUCGUUUGGACUUCAAGAAGUUUGAUUCCACAUUACUUAAACAGGGGUUUCAUAAAAAUCCAAUAUGAAAAAAAAAAUGGGACAUCAAAACUUAAAAAUGCAUAAAGCCUCGAAAGAUGAAACGAAUAUAAAAUUUGAACAUAACAAUAGAUUUGAAAACAAUUUAGGCCAUUAAAAGAAUUUCCACAUGAGAGAGAGAGAGAGAGAAUCAUUUGGCCGCCCACUUAUGUUUUCUUCUAAACCAUUAGCAUCCAUUUUGUUAGUAAGUAUCAGAGCAGCUCUCACCAGUCUUCAAUGGCGUCUCCAGCAAUAAUGGAGAGAAGAGCUUCCAUAACAUCCUUAUCUUCUCCUCCGCCUCGUUAUUCUAUAUCUCUUCCUCUUCCUCCCUUACGAAACUACGACGUUUUCCUCAGCCACAGGGCUAAGGACACCGGACGUAGUUUUGCGGCCGAUCUCCAUGAAGCUCUGACAACUCAAGGAAUUGUAGUUUUCAGAGACGACGAGGAUGAAGAAGAUGGAGGGAAACCCUUAGCGGAGAAGAUGAAAGCGGUGGAAGAAUCGAGGUCUUCGAUCGUGGUUUUUUCAGAGAACUAUGGGAAUUUGGUUUGCAUGAAGGAAAUAGAAAAGAUUGUAAUGUGUAAGGAGUUGAGGGAUCAAUUGGUUCUUCCAAUAUUUUACCAAAUAGAUCCAGCGAAUGCGAGGAAGCAAAAGGGGAACUUUGAGAAUCACUUUAAUGAACAUGAAGCAAAUCCUGAAAUUGAUAUUGAAGAAGUUGAAAGCUGGAGAUAUUCAAUGAACCAAGUUGGGCAUCUCUCUGGAUGGCAUAUCCAAGAUUCCCAGUCUGAAGCUGGAGUCAUAAAUGAAAUUGUGAAGCAUAUUUUCAACAAAUUGCGUCCUGAUUUGUUUCGGUAUGAUGAUAAAUUCGUUGGAAUUAGCCCAAGAUUACACCAAAUUAAUAUGCUUAUGGGAAUAGGUUUAGAUGAUGUACGCUUUGUUGGAAUAUGGGGAAUGGGUGGAAUUGGCAAAACUACCUUCGCUAGAAUCAUUUACAAAAGUGUUUCCCAUUUAUUUGAAGGAUGUUAUUUUUUGGACAAUGUCAAAGAAGCUUUGAAGAAAGAAGGCUUAGCUUCGUUACAAGAAAAACUUCUAACAGGAGCUUUAAUGAAACGAAACAUUGACAUCCCAAAUGUUGAUGGAGCUACAUUGAUCAAGAGAAGAAUAAGUAAUCUUAAAGCUCUUAUAAUUCUUGACGACGUCAACCAUCUAAGCCAACUUCAAAAGUUAGUUGGAGGUUUGGAUUGGUUUGGUUCGGGAAGUCGAGUCAUCGUUACGACGAGAGACGAACAUCUCCUAAUUUCACACGGAAUCGAAAGACGAUACAAUGUCGAAGGGCUAAAAAUUGAAGAAGCUCUUCAGCUUUUUUCACAAAAGGCAUUUGGAGAAGACCAUCCAAAGAAAGGCUAUUUUGAUCUUUCUAGCCAAGUAGUAAGCUAUGCUGGAGGGCUUCCAUUAGCAAUUGAGGUUCUUGGAUCCUCUUUACGUGAUAAACCAUUGGAGCAAUGGGAAAAUGCGGUGGAAAAGUUGAAGGAAGUUCGUGAUAAGGAAAUUCUGGAAAAGUUGAAAAUUAGUUAUUAUAUGUUAGAGGAAUCUGAACAGAAUAUUUUUCUUGACAUUGCAUGUUUUUUCAAGAGGAAGAGUAAGAGAAGAGCAAUAAAAAUUCUUGAAAGCUUUGGAUUUCCUGCUGUUCUUGGACUAGAAAUAUUGGAGGAGAAAUCUCUUAUUACUACACCACAUGAUAAGCUACAAAUGCAUGAUUUAAUACAAGAAAUGGGUCAAGAAAUUGUUCGCCAAAACUUUCCGAACAAGCCUGAAAAACGAAGCAGGUUGUGGCUUCGAGAAGAUGUAAAUCUUGCUCUAAACCUUGAUGAGGGAACAGAAGCAAUUGAAGGGAUAGUGAUAGAUAUGGAUGAGGAGGGAGAGUCACAUUUGAAUGCCAAAUCAUUUUCAGCAAUGACAAAUCUAAGAGUAUUGAAACUGAACAAUGUUUAUCUUUCUGAAGAACUUCAAUAUCUCUCUGAUCAGCUAAGGUUUCUCCAUUGGCAUGGUUACCCUUUAAAGUGUUUACCAUCAAAUUUCAAUCCCACAAACCUGUUGGAGCUUGAGUUGCCUAGUAGCUCUAUUCAACAUCUUUGGACUGCUUCAAAGAGCUUGGAAACAUUGAAAGUGAUAAAUCUAAGUGAUUCUCAAUUCCUAUCCAAGAUCCCUGAUUUUUCAGGUGUUCCAAAUCUUGAAAGAUUGGUUUUGAGUGGUUGUGUAGAAUUACACCAACUUCACCCCUCUUUGGGGAAUCUAAAGCAUCUAAUUCAAUUGGACCUCAGAAAUUGCAAGAAAUUAACAACAAUUCCUUUCAAUAUUUGUUUAGAAUCUCUCCACAUUUUGGUUCUUUCAGGCUGUUCAAAUCUCACCUAUUUCCCAAAGAUUUCAGGAAACAUGAACCAUUUAUUAGAGCUUCAUUUGGAUGAAACAUCCAUAAAAAUUUUGCAUUCAUCAAUAGGACAUUUAACAGCACUUGUUCUAUUAAAUCUCAAAAAUUGCACAAAUCUUCUAAAACUUCCUUCCACUAUUGGCUGUUUAACAUCAUUGAAAACCCUCAAUUUAAAUGGCUGCUCAAAACUUGAUAGUCUUCCAGAGAGUUUAGGAAAUAUUUCUUGCUUGGAAAAGCUUGAUAUUACUAACACUUGUGUAAACCAAGCUCCAAUGUCUCUUCAACUUUUGACCAAAUUGGAAAUACUAAAUUGUCAAGGACUAUCUCGCAAAUUUCUUCAUUCAUUAUUCCCUACUUGGAAUUUUACUAGAAAAUUCAAUCAUUCUCAAGGGUUGAAAGUAACAAAUUGGUUUAAUUUUGGUUGUUCUUUGAUGGUUCUGAAUUUGAGUGAUUGUAAUUUGUGGGAUGGGGAUUUACCUAAUGAUCUUCAUAGCUUAGCUUCAUUGCAAAUUCUUCAUCUAAGCCAAAACCACUUUACCAAAUUACCUGAAAGCAUUUCUCAUCUUGUUAGUUUGAGAGGUCUAUUUUUGGAGGAAUGUUUUCAUCUUUUGAAUUUACCAAAGCUUCCACUAAGUGUUAGAAAUGUGGAAGCAAGGGAUUGUGUUUCACUAAAAGAAUAUUACAAUCAAGAGAAACAAAUUCCUUCAAGUGAAAUGGGAAUGACUAUGAUUCGUUGUCCUAUAUCAACUGAACCAAAUGAAAGCUACAAAAUUGACCAGCCUCGCCUUUCUGCCAUUCACAUAAGGACGAUGACUCAACGAUACAUUGAGGUACUCACAUGGCAACAACAAAAAUACUUUUUUGUGAUUCCCUAUCCUAACUUCAUAGCAUGCUUUGAUGAAAAAAGAUAUGGAUUCUCAAUCACAGCACAUUGUCCUCCAGAUUACAUAAGUGAAAAAAAUCCAAGGAUAGGAAUUGCUUUAGGUGCUGUAUUUGAAGUCCAAAAGCAUGAAAUUAGCCAUGAUAAUUCAAAAAUUUGUUGCGACUUCAUAGUGAAAAUGGAAACAGAUGAAUGCCCUCUAAAAUCAGCCCUAGUGUUUGAUGGCAACAAAGCUGAAUUGGAAAGCCAAAUGGGGCUAUCAGUUUUUUACAUUCCAAUGAAAAGGAUAUCAAGGUGGUUGAACGAAUGUUGCUGCAUUGAUGUUUCAAUAAUGACUGAUAACCCAUUUGUGAAGGUCAAAUGGUGUGGUGCUUCAAUAUUGUAUGAACAAAAUGCUGGCAGUUUUAUUGGGAAGAUUAUCAAAGCCUUGUUUGGAUCUCCUGGAAAAUACCAUACAUCAAUUGUUGAUCAUCUUUUGAACCGUCAGAAUCGUGUAGAUGUUUCUACUUUGUUGGAUGGUGGAGCUCGUUACAAGACUUCUUGGUUUAAUGCAUUGCAAAGGACAAUUGGGUCAUUUUCUAGGCUUCGACCUAGUAGGCCACCACGUGAGGUUAUAGAGGAGUGUUCCACCAUGAAUGCAUCUUCUGAGGCUGAAGAAAAUGAAAGUGACCACUCUAUCAUGUUAAAACGAAACCUCAAGGCAACACUUCUAAGGACUUUCGAGGAACUGAAGCUCUAUGGUGAAUACUAUAUGUUUCCUCAAAAAGAAAUGUCAAGAAGUUUCUUCAAUUUUCAACUAAAAGAGCCUAAAAUCACAAUCAAGGUACCUCCAAAUUUGCAUAAAGAAAAGAAGUGGAUGGGCUUGGCCUUUUUUGUAGUAUUUUCAGUUGAUGAAAGUUCACCAAAAGCUCAUUCCUUCUCUUACCAUGUGGACAAUGAUGAAUAUAGAUUGGAAAGAGAAUCAAUUCUUUACUUGAAUGAAGAUUUGUUAGUUGAUUCUCAUCAACUUUGGUUGUUUUUCGAGCCUCGAGCUGUUUAUCCAUAUAGAUUAAAUCAAUGGAGGCAUCUUCGUUUUUCGAUCGUAUGCAAUAACUCAGACUUUAAGGUUGUUCUUUGUGGUGCACGUCUUGUUUAUAAGCAAGAUCUUGAAGGAUUUGUCAACACAAUUGUAAGUAAUGUGUUGAAUUCUCCAACUGAAUUGCAUGAAUAUUAUGACCAAAUUCAUGUUAAUGGCAUGUUAAAGAAUGUACAUUCUCAUAAGUAUGAUCCAAAGAAAAAGGAAAAUGAAAGUAGACAAGAUUUUCCUAUAGAAGAGUGGGAAGGGGAACAAAAAUCAAAUGCUCAUCCUCAAGAAGAAGAUUGUUCAAAAAUGGAAAGGAGCCACAUUUUGCAACUCAAAGAAAGCAUUCCUUCUUUCCUUCAAAAGGAUUUAAAGGAUCGAUUUGAAACCCCAUUUGACUUCGUUAUUCCAAGGAGAAACGUUCGGCCUCAGCUGAUUAAUCAACUAUCUCCAAAGAGUUAUACAAGCAUCCAAUUGCCUCCAAAUUUGUAUACUAAUACUGAUUGGAUGGGAUUUGCAGUUUGGACACUUUUCCAAAUCAACAAACAUCCAACAGCAAUUCUCAACAAUGUUGGCUCAGUUUCAAGGCAUGAACUCAUUUGUCAAUUUGGAAUUGAAAAUGGACUAAUUAACCCAUUACACAUUCAUACUAUCAUUGAGGACACAGUGAUUUGGCUACACGAACGCCAGUUUGUUUGGCUCUAUUACAGCCCAAGAAAGAAAUAUGGUCAAAUUUUCCGCCACAGGUCUCAUGUUUGGGCUAUUAUUGAAGCUGAUUCCCCAGACUUGAUGGCAAAAUGUUGUGGACUUCAAUUAGUAUACAAGCAAAAUGUGCAAAUGAUUGACAAGAUAUUGAUGGAAGCCAUUCAAUCAUCAUCCUCUUAAACAAACAGCUAGCACCCACAAAAUUAAGUACUAAUUACUUUGGUUUGUCAGCUGCUCUUACCUUCCACUACAAGAAAUAUAACAUUUCAUAGCUUUUUAUUAUAGCAUUUUAAAAGUAAGCUAUGAAAUUUUAAGGAACAAUAGCGCGAAGGUGAAAAACAAAAAAUUUGGUUCAACGCGCGCCUAAACAAUUGGGAAAUGAAUCCCCGCCGCCUUUCAAAACCCUUUCUUUUAUUUCAUUUUUUUCCUUUCCUUAAUCUUCGGUGCGCUCUUCAUUGCCGAUUGAGAGGCAAUCAACACAACUUUGUCCAACCAACAGAUCAUCCCUUCCUCCCUCCAAACUCCCUCUUGUGGCCGUCGGUGUAUUUUUCCCUUUUCGCAGACGCUCCUUUUCGUCUCCACCAGGUGAAGAACACUCCAUUUCUCUGAUCUUCUUCUUCCCUUUUCCUUUCAUUACUAGGUUUUUUUUUCCUUUUUGUUUCUUGUUUCCGGUUCUGGGUUUCCCCAUAUUUUCUUCUCAACUUUGUUUUUUUAGCUAUAUGAAAGCUUAGUCUUGUGUUAAAUUCA